AUUGGAUUUUGUAACUAACAAAACAAUUACACAUACAAAAUAUCCCCACAUAUAUCACAUAUCUCGAUGGUGCUCGCGCUUUCAGUUCGUCUUCUUCUGUUCUUUACCAUUAUCGCAAGUUUCUUAGCAAUCCCAACAACAUUUGUCUCAUCAGCUCUCCAUCUAGAUGAGUUGAAUGUGCUAGAGAAGAUAGCUACAACACUUGGUAUCAAGGGACUGAACCUAAGUUAUGGAGAUCCUUGCAGUUCAAGAACCCUAAAUAUAAUGCAAGGACCUACGUCGAAUUCGGAGAACAUAAACAACACCAUUGGUUGUAAUUGUAGCAUCUAUAACAACAUGACUUGUCACAUAACAAGCAUAUCUCUCAAGGCCCUUAGCCUUUCAGGAAAGCUUCCACGUGAGCUGGCCAAUCUUCGAUAUCUGCAAUCGAUGUGAGUUCAACACUAUUUUCAGGAACU